CUGGAACAAGGAUGUCCUGUUUAAUAUGAUUGUAGAAGUGCCUCGUUGGACAAAUGCAAAAAUGGAGAUUGCCACCGAGGAGCCGUUGAAUCCCAUUAAACAAGAUACGAAGAAAGGCAAGCUCAGAUAUGUGGCAAAUAUCUUUCCUCACAAGGGUUAUAUAUGGAAUUAUGGUGCCCUCCCACAGACCUGGGAAGAUCCAAACCAUAAAGAUAACAUUACAGGAUGUUGUGGAGAUAAUGAUCCUAUUGACGUUUGUGAAAUAGGUUCAAAGAUUCGUUCUUCUGGUGAGAUUGUCCAGGUGAAGGUCUUGGGUGUUUUAGGUCUUGUUGAUGAAGGAGAGACAGAUUGGAAAAUAAUUGCUAUCAGUGCAGAUGACCCAGAAGCUCAGAAAAUCCAUGAUAUUGAUGAUGUCAAGAAACACAAACCAGGUUACCUUGAGGCUACGAUUGACUGGUUCCGAUUAUAUAAAAUUCCUGAUGGUAAACUGGAAAACCGGUUCGCUUUUAAUGGGGAGUUUAAAGACAAGGAUUUUGCUGUUGAAAUUAUUAAAUCCACCCAUGAAUACUGGAAAGCUUUGCUUCAUAAAAAAGCUGAUGGAGGUGCUAUUAAGUGCACAAAUGUUCUGGUGAGUGGCAGCCCAUUUUGUUGCAGUGAGGAGGACGCCCGAUCAAUUGUGCAUUCGGCACCGGUGCCUAUGAGUGGAGAUUCUGUUUCCCCAGAAGUUGAUUCCUGGCACUUUUUUCUCAAGUGAUCAGCAAAGUGUUCUGAAGCUGCAUCAUCAAAUCUUCGAGUCACCCCUUUUUUGAAGACAAGCAAAAGCACUAAUUGUUGGGUUCCUGUUGAAACAACUUUUCAAUCUGUGUAAACCUUCUCUCGUGUAAAUAAACACUGACAUUAUAAAAUGAA